CUUACAAAUGAGAGUCGAAGGCCAGAGGACCACCAACCUACCUGCCAACAAGAAGGAAAUUAAGAAAGACUUAAUAAAUCAGGGGGAUCUGCAAUUUCUUAGUCAUGUAGAAGCAAAUUGAGAGAAUUGGAAGGAUAAAUUUAAUUAUUCAUUCAAACAGCACUCUCAAGAACGAAAGUUUCAGAGGAAAUGAAAUAAGGGACCCAAAACACGAAAUUCUUUAGAAAAUAAUUUCAAGCGUCCUUCUCAAGCUUCUUUGUGUCAAAAAUCUCAGUUUAAAAAGCCUGCUGAGAGAGUUAGGAGUGAUAAAGCCAAUAAUCAAUUUUUAAUAAAAGACACUGGCAUAGAAAGAGUUUAGCUAUAUUCAGGAGAAAAAUUUAGUAAAAAAUUCAUCAAGUAAAGAUUCACAAAUGAAUCUUAAGAAAAGGCAUCUUAAAAGUUGGUGAAAGGACUCUGAGAAGUCGAGUUCCUCUAAUUUUUGAAUGUUUGCUACAAGUUGCGAGGAACCUUAUGAUGCUCAAGAAAAGAUGACUCAGGUUAAUGAGAUUGUGAAGAAUUCUGCUGAAUUCUUUAGCAAGAAUUCUAAAGUGUCUCUUGUCAAGGACAAAUUUAAUUUGAGUAGUCAAAAUCUAGAAAACAGUAAGAAGGAACUAUACAGCUGCAAAAAAGAACUCCGCUUGAACACAGGAAAGAUACUUACUGAAGGAGCUGAAAUAAGUAUUAAUGUUCCAUGCGAAAUUAAUAGGGAAAUUUCAAACUCUCAGACAUUAAUUCCUUUGAGGCCUGCAAAAGUUGUCAUUGUAGCUAUGAAGCAGACAAAGAGAAUAAGCACUGAGCACCAGGUAGAAUGCUUAAAUUCUAUAAGUAGAAAUCCAAACUCAGGAAAUAAAAAUGAUAAUUUCUCAGAAAAGGGUCAAAAACUUAUUCAGAAGAAUUUAACUAGAAAUGAAGACCGAGGAUACCAGAAUACAUUCAUUAGCACUGGUAUCUCAGAAGAUCAGGUUUUAAUCCCAAAUGGACUUACUCUGUACUCUAUUCUGACGCAUCACUUUCAGAUGAAUUACUGUUUUUGCUCUAACUAAAUGGAGAAGUAUAAGUCAACUCAGAGCAAUUUUUAAAACUUGUAGAACUUAAG